CGCAUGCAAACGCCACCGUCUCCCCUCCGCUCCAACUAUUUUAAUCAUUUCAAAAAGGGUGGGUCAUCAGGCAUUUGGCAGUGGCUCCUUUUAUAUAGCUAAGGUGGAGUCAGCCAAUGGCCUGCAAGCCUGGAAAAAUUUGCAGGGCAGUUUCCCUGGACAGCUUUGCAGUGCCGUGCCAUUUGAAUUUAAGCACGCACAUACACACACACACACACACACACACACAGAGCCGGGCUCUGUGCUCUCCAUUUCUGGCUUGCCUCCCAGCAGAGUUGAGUUAGGGCUCGGGUUCAGUUUUUUCGUCUCACUCUGCUCCCUGCAGCAACCGCUUCUCCAGGCUCUGCUCGUCGGGACUCCCAAUCAAUCAUGGCGGACACUCCUCUGCAAAUUAUUGAGCAGCCAGCUCCCUCCGAGACCUCCGAGGAGCCAGCAGCUGAAGAUCCAAUUAAAUCUGACCAGAUCAAUGGUGUGAUGGUACUCACCCUUCUGGACAAGAUCAUCGGGGCGGUGGAUCAAAUCCAGCUGACCCAGACUCAGCUGGAGGAAAGGCAGCAAGAGAUGGACAGCGCAGUGGCCAGCAUCCAGGGGGAACUCACCAAGCUCACCAAAUCACACACCACCACCAGCAACACCGUGAACAAGAUGUUGGAAAAAGUCCGCAAGGUGAGCGUCAACGUGAAAACCGUCCGGCAGAACCUGGAGAAGCAAGCUGGGCAGAUCAAGAAGUUGGAGGUCAAUGAGGCCGAGCUGUUGAAGCGAAGGAACUUCAAAGUCAUGAUCUAUCAGGAUGAAGUGAAGCUCCCGGCCAAGCUGAGCAUCAGCAAGUCUUUGAAGGAGACAGAGAAGGAAGAGGAGGGCGAGGAGGUGCCUGGCGAGGAGGAGCACGCAGACGAGGACCGAAUCCAGCUCUCGUCAGAUGAGGAGGUAGAAGUGGAAGAGAUCAUUGAGGAGUCCCGAGCAGAGCGGAUCAAGAGAAGUGGCAUGAAGAAGGUGGACGACUUCAAGAAGGCUUUCUCCAAGGAGAAGAUGGAGAAAACCAAGCUCAAGACCAAGGAGAAUUUGGAGAAGACCAAACACAACUUGGAGAAGACCCGGCACAACCUGGAGAAGAGGAUGAACAAGCUGGGUACUAAGAUCGUGACCACCGAGAGGAGGGAGAAGAUGAAAACCUCUCGGGACAAGCUGAAGAAGUCCUUCACCCCCGACCACCCCGUCUACGCCAGGUCCAAGACGGCAGUCUACAAGGUGCCACCCUUCACCUUCUACGUCAAGAAGAUCAGAGAGGGCGAGGUGGAGGUGAAAGCCACGGAGAUGGUGGAGGUGGGAGGAGAGGAGGUGGAGAACACGGAGCUGCUGAGAGAGGAGAGCCCAGAGAUGCACACACUGCUGGAGAUCACGGAGGAAUCGGAUGCCGUGCUGGUGGACAAGAGCGACAGUGAGUAGGACAGGCGGCGGUGCGGGAUGGAUGGCUGAACACCUACCCUUUCACACUGCAAGAUCUCUCUUUGCCCCAAGUGUCUCUGGAAGUCCGCGCCGAUCCCCCGCCAUCCCGGACGAGGUGUCGUUUCUAUUUUAGUUUUAGCACACAGAAGAGAGAAGGAACCCA